CUGUCGAUUAAUUUCGGUUGUUUAUGGUUUAAUAGUUUUUUUUGUCGUCGGUUGUCAACAUGAAAUCUCGGUAUCCAAGAUGAUGAUGACUAUCAACUGUGAUUAUACCAAACACUCAACUCCAAUGAUAAAAUAAUGAGUGGUGAUUUUUAUCUAGAUUCCUAAUUUUUUGUGGUGAUGGUGGGAGUCGUGUGGAAAAAUAUCAAACGACUAAAAUCAUCGAUUGGUAACGACAAAAUGCCAAUGCACAAAUCAACGAGUAUUUGAAUGAAUGAAUGAAAAAGAAAACUUUUUUUUUGAUUGUGUAUGAUUCAUCCAACACCAGGAAAAACCAGAUAGGUCACCGGAACUGUUUACGUAAUCAUUCAAUUUCGAUAAAUUUCAUUUUUUUUGACUGUCAUUUCGAGUAGUAGACGUUCUCCGGUGUGUUUGUGUGAUCAUUGACCAUAAUCAUCAUCAUCAUUAUCAAAUUUCAUUGUUUUUUUUUGCUGGUGCAAAUUCCCAUCAAUAAAAAGCAAACAGGUUGCUAUUUGUCAACAUCUGACGAUAUAGUUGACUCUUUCUUCACAUACAAACACAACUACGCUGUAAAACAUAUUUGACAACUUUUUAGUGUUUGUGUGAAUGGACAGAACGACAAAAAGGCCAAUAAAUGGUCGUCGUACCGGUGAUGAUGAUUUGAGUAUCAGUGUUGGUAAUGAUGACGAUGACAACUAUAUCGAUUCACAAGAACAUGAUUCAUUAGCAUUUGAUCGAUAUGAUGAAACCGAUAUGGAUAAUGAUCCUCAAGAUCAAGAUGAUGAUAUGAAAUGUAAAAAAAUGUCAAUGACAAUGGAUAGUGAUCAAUUACGACGACCUGUGGCCAACACCAAUAAUAGAAAUAAAUUACAAGCAAAUUUUGCCAAAAUAAUGAAUAAUCGUCAUCAAAGGAUUCAGGCUUUCUUAUUGCUCAUCAUAUUCAUUCUUGGCCUUACCUUAUUGAUCAUCGGUAUCAAAGUUUUGAUCGUUACAUUCACCAAUGACGAACCAAUCUGUGAUUCAUCUGAUUGUCUUUUUACAGCUGCAAGAAUUGCUGAGAAAAUUUCGUCAACACCAACAACAACAAAUAAACAACAACAGAAACCAUGCGAUAAUUUCUAUGAAUUUGCUUGCGGCCAAUGGAUUAAUAAACAUCAGCUCGAUGAUUAUCAUGGCAAAUAUUCAAUCAAUGAUGAAAUCAAAGAAGAAAUUUAUCGUAAUUUAAAACAUUAUCUGGAUCGUAUCCUGCUCACCAUUCCACAUGAUGAUCCAUUUUAUAAAACGAAAUUUUUCUAUGAUUCAUGUAUGAAUCUGGAAGAAAUUGAUCGAAAUUCAUUCAAUUAUAUUAAACAUGAAAUUAUCGAUGCUGGGGGUUGGAACAUUAUCGGUAAUUGGCAUGGGCCUAGUUGGAAUUCGGAUUCGGCCUUGGAAAAACUUCAAACCUAUUAUGAUGUCGAUGCUUUUUUCCGCAUUACUGUUGGUGCCGAUGAUCUUGAUCCACAGCUGCCAUUUAUCAUAAAGAUUUAUCCAUCCGGUCUUGGUCUACCACGUAAUUAUUAUUUUGAUCCCGAAUACAAAUCCAUUGUGGAUGCAUAUAAACAAUUUAUGAGUGAAACGGUCAAAAUAUUCAGUGCAACCAAAUUGGAUGCAAGUCAAUUUGCUGAGAAUACAUUUAAUUAUGAAAAACGUAUCGCUGAAAUAAUGCCCGAUCGUUUGGAUUUUUCUCAUCCAUCUGAAACGUUUCAACGAAGAUUUUCUAUACGUGAAUUAAGAAUCAAUGCCCCAUCAAUUAAAUGGUUAAAUUUGUUGCAGAAAUAUUUUGAAAAAGCCCGAUUGAAUGAUAAUACACGCGUAUUGCUUGCAUUCGAUUCAUAUUUUCGUAACAUUUCGAAUAUAAUAUCGACAACGGAUAAUAAAGGAUUGAAUGAUUAUCUUAUAUGGAAAAUGAUCAGUUCAUAUGCACCAUACCUGUCGAAAGAAUUUCGUAUAAUUCAAUAUAAUUUUCAACAAGCAUAUCAUAAUCUUCCAUCAUUAAAUUAUAUAAAUGAUGAAGAUCGUUGGAGAUUCUGUCUGCAAACGACAUCCAAAUAUUUUGGCCAUGCAUUGGCUUCACUUUAUGUGAAUAAUCAGUUGAACGUUGUAACGAAUCGUAGUGGAGAAGCAAGAUUGAAUAUUGUCAACGCUAUUCAACGUACAAUAUUGGAUAAUUAUCGUUCAUUCAUCUGGUAUGAUUCCGAUACAAAUGAUGGUGACGGUGAAUCACGAAAAUUGAUUAACAUGAAAAUGAAACAAAUGGAAAUUCUCGUUGGUCAUCCACAAUUUUUGUUGAAACCACAGCUUGCUGGUUAUUAUACAGAAUUUUUCACCGGAAUCAAGUUCCUUCAUAAUAUUAUUGAAGGUAUAAAUUUUCGUCAUAAAAAAAUGGAAAUGUUAUUGAAUAAGAAAAAUUAUGACCAUUCAUGGCCAUUGGUAGCGUAUGAUGUGAAUCUUCGAUAUGAUUAUGCAGCCAAUAAAUUAUUUAUACCGGCUGGUAUAUUGCAGCUACCAUAUUAUGAUCAACAGGCACCAUCUGCGAUUCAAUUCGGAUCAUUGGGCGUUCAUGUAGCCAGUCAUAUGUUGAAAGCAUUCGAUUUGAAUGGUCUUUAUUAUAAUCUACCUGAUGGUCGACUAUCAAAUAAUCGUCAAUUCAUUGAAAACAUUGACCUUAAUCGAGGAUUACGAUGUCUAUCCCGACAGAUUAAUGCCAUAUCGAAUCAGUUCAAUACAUCCGUAUCACAAACAUACAUUGAUUUGGGUGCAUUAAAUAUGGCAUGGUUAGCGUAUAAACAAUAUGAAUCGAAUCGACCCGAACAAUCACCACGAUUACCAUCGUUGCCAUUCACUAAUGAUCAAUUAUUUUUCGUUGCAUUCGCACAGACAUUGUGUACAAAUGUAAAGCCAAAAACAAUGCAAACUCUCUAUGAUGAUAAAAAUAAUCAUCAAACACUUUCGAUUACCGAACCAUUACCUGAAUCAUUGAGGGUAAAUGUUUUAUUUAGUCAAUUCUCUACAUUCCAUAAUGUGUUCCAAUGUGUUGAUGAAACGAAAUCGAAUGCUGCUGCUGCUGUUUCUUUUGAACAAUGUCAUCUUUGGAAUUGAAGUUCCAUUAACAAAAAAAAAAAAAAUUUCUAUCAAAUCAUAUUAUAUUUCG